UCAUUCUUCUUCAUUUCUUUCUUCGAACACACACCAAACAGAAUUUCUCCCUCGCGCGCUCUUACUCACUUAGUGCGCUGCCGUUUCGGAUUAUUUUUUGUUUAGUUUAGCUCUCGUCUGUUAUCUGUGCUUUAAAGAAGUUAUUUAUUUUCACAAAUGUUUAUUGCCGAUUGUGCCAGCUAAUCGACUGCGUUAACCGUUACACAUCGCUAUAUUAUUUUUGAUUGUUCAACAACCAGCAUCGAGUUGUUAUUUGUGUGGAGUGCGGUAAAAAAAAAUCGCCGUUGCUUAUCGAUUUUGGUGACUACUUCAAGAAAAGCGUACACAUUUUUAUCAUCCAAGUUUUAAAAAAAAAUUCGUCAAAAUCAAAUCGUUAAUUUUUUUUUCUUAACAAAAUCGGUUUUUGUGAGUGAUAAAAGAAAGUUCAUAACGGACAAAAAAAACACGAAAAAAGAAAAAAAAUAACUAGUGUCCACGGAAAGAAUUUUGUACAGGCCGUGCAAUCAUUCAUCAUAAUUUUGUCAAUACUUUUACUGUUCUGUUCAACUGACCGCAUUUCUUCUCUUAAUUGUUAAGCAUUCCGUUUUUUUCGGUAAUUGUUGGUGAUCGAUCACAAGCCAUCGAUUAAAAUAACUUUGAAGAUUUAUUUCGAUUUUGCACGGAAGAAUUUUCUCCAAAACGGACGCAACAAAUAUAUCGACCUUCUUUUUUUUUGGCAAAAUAACAAAUGUCCAGACGAAUUGGUUUAUGUUUCGAUGAUUGACCAAACGGAAAGUUCUCUGUAGCAUUUUAUUUUUCUGCAAAGAAAAUUAUAAAUAACGAAAGAAAGGCGGCAAACCAACCAACCACACAUAACUAAAAAAAAAAGAGUAAUAAUUGCGGAACAUUUUUUUCUCGUCUUCGUUUGGCUCGCCUUUGGACUGCUAUGCAAAUUGGAUUUCAAGCCGAAAAUUGAGAGACGAAACUAAGACAAUAAGCUCGAACCACGCAUAUCAUACAGCAAAAAUCGUAUAAGCAAAGAACGAAAAAGAAAACACCAUCAACCAGGAAGAGAAAACACACAGUUUGGCACACAGAGAACACUGAAAUUCGGCACCAGAUCAAUAUGUGGAAAGUGAUCUUACUCAGUGUGGCUCUCUCUUCACUGCAUCUGACUGACGGCCAAGAAUUUGCAUCGCUCCAAAUUCAGACACAGUCCGAGCCCAGACAACGUGAUGCCAGCGAUGGAUCUCAGAUAAAUCAACGUAAUUCGAAAGCCGUGACACCACCACCAUCGAAUUGCCCACGGACGUGCCCCGUAUUGACAUCACUUCAAGAUCCACCAGUAUGCGGUACGGAUGGCUUGAUUUACGCCAACUCAUGUGAAAUGAAGAAAAAGACCUGCAUCCGAAAUGGUGCUGCAAAUGUUAAGGAAGCAGUAAAUGGUUGUGAACGUGCCACCGGAUCGGCAUGCAUGCAUCGUUGUCCAACCGAUAAAGAUCAUGUUUGUGCCACAGACGGUCGAACGUAUUUGAACAGAUGUAUGCUUCGAGUGCAAGCAUGUCGAGUGGGUUUGGCAGCUGUAGCAUUAGCUCAUGUUGGUCCUUGUGGCAAUACGAGUGCAAUUCGUGAAUCUUGCCCGGUUGAUUGUAACAGUGCACCCAAAGACGGUCCAACCUGUGGAAGCGAUGGAAAUGUGUACAAUUCAACGUGCGAGAUGAAAUUGUUGACUUGUGGUCAGGGUGUCGUACGAACAAAUCGCAAAAAUUGCCAGAGCACAAGGAUGUGCAGAGAGAGUUGCUGGCGAGUGGCUCGUCCGACUUGUGGAAGUGAUGGCCGCAUCUAUGCAUCUGCCUGUAAAAUGCGGUCAACAAAUUGUGGAAAGCACAUUUUCGAAGUUCCAAUGUCGUAUUGUAUGAUGCAGGAGCAACGAACCGCAAACACUGCCGGCAACCAACCAAUGGAUUGUCCAACAGAUUGUGCGAAAACCGUACAGCAACUCGUUUGCGGGAGCGAUGGUAACAUUUACAGUUCAAUGUGCGAACUCAAAAUGUUGAAUUGUGGUACUCCAAAGAAGUCAAUUCAAUCGGUGCCGAUGGAACGAUGCAAAUCACGAUUGGCAAAGUGCAAAAAACUCGCUGCCUGCAGCAAAGAGCGUUACGCUGGCCUAGUCAAACCAUCGAAAAAUGAUUAUUUGUGCGGAACUGAUUCGAAAACUUAUAAAUCCGAAUGCGAUUUGGCCCAGGCCAACUGCUUGCGUAAUGUUCAAUUGGCUCACAUUGGCGCUUGCACCAAGCUCAAGACCAAUAUUUUCCAAUGCAAUGAAAAAUGCACGGAUAGCGACAGUACGACCGGCCCAAUUUGUGCUUCCGAUGGAAAUGUGUAUCGAACACUGUGCGAAAUGAAAGAGAAAACGUGUGGCAGUCGCGUUGUUCCCGUGUCGUUGAAAAAUUGUGCAACGACUGCCUACUGCAAUGCUGAUUGCGAUGCGGAAGCUGCAUCAUUUGUUUGUGGCUCCGAUAAUAAAUUUUAUCGAAGCGAAUGCCAUAUGCGUAAAGAAAAUUGCGGUAAACACAUGUUCAUCAUACCGAUGAAACGUUGUUUGGCCGCAUUCACGUUCAAAGGAUGCGCUCGUAUGUGCCCACAGGACUUUGAACCCGUGUGCGGAACAGAUUCGAAAACUUAUUCAAAUGAAUGCUUUUUGAGCAUAGAAAAUUGCCGAUCGCGAAAUAAUGUGCAAUUAAAACACCACGGAACUUGCGGUCGACCCGAACAACCAGCACAAAACUAUUUAUACUAAUUCAUAGGCGCAUAUAAAUAAAUGUAAAAAAAACAACUUUUUUAACCGAAUUUCGUUUUCACAUUUUUAUGUGUAUUAUUCAAGCUACAAAAAAAAAUCAUCACACAUACAAACAUUAUCAUAAAUAAUUAGCGAAUAUCCCCCUUACAGAAACAACAACAAACAAACAAAUAAGUUUAAAAAGAUAUACGACAAAAUUCUUAGUGAUCUGACGUCUGCAAUAAAUUUUUUUCUUUACAACAGAAUUCAAAGCAACCGAAAAUCAAUAAAAAAAAAAUAAAAGCAAAAAAAAACGUAACUUUGUUCACACAUCGACUGAUUGAUUGAUAAAUUGGCUCAAACAUAUCGAAAACUAGGAAUUUUUGUACAAAAUACUUUUGUAUUGAAUCUAGAUAUUAUAUAUAUAUUUAAAGCUAAAUUAAUGAGAAAAAAAAACAUUAUUAUCAAGUUAUCAUAAUAUUUAUUGACAUUUAUUAUACAAUUUUUCUCUCUUAGUUCUUCACUUUGAAACUUUGAUAACAGCAACAACAACAAUGACGACGACGACGAUUUUUGGUUAAUACUCAUUUCAGUCUAAAAUAAGUGCUAUAAGGAAAAAUAUUGUUCUUGAUACUAUAUUCCAACGUUAAUCUGUUUAUGUAUUAUGUAAUCGUUUCCUUUUAAUACGAAAUAAAAAUACGUGGAAAAAUUGAAAUUCACGAAUACUCGAACUUGA